CGCAACUGAACUGCUGCCUACUUUUGACUGCGACAUUGCGACACUCCGUCUCCUGUGUGCUCAAAUUAACUACAGAACCGGUAGAGGCUGCGCCUAUCUAUCCGCAGCUGUGGUUGGGCAACCCCGCAAAAUACAAGUGCUGCCGGGAUUUUACAAAACUUAUCGAGCGUGCUUUCCGGGGAAAAUGGAAAAUAUUAAGAAUGCCCUUGUCUGCUGCGAUGCAGGAAUUCAUCGUCUCGCUAACGUCUCCAGGGAUUCUACAUGCUUCAACCGGAUCCACGUCUGUUGCUGCUCUUGAUUGCAAGGAGAAAAUGGAUGGCGUAUUAUCGUCAAAGAGACGCAAGUUGAACUACAAGAAAUGCAUUUUCUGCCGCAAGGACAAAAAGAAGUGUGAGCCAGCCGAGAAAACAUGGCCUAGGGAAAAAUGUCAUCGAUGUGCCAAAAUGGGCCUCGAAUGCUCCGAAAGCAAAACAACCGCGGCCAUCUCAGCAUCAUCCUCAGAUCCAAAGAGACCGACCAUAAACGACGACCACCAUAGCAACUUGGUGAAAAACAGCAGCACAACAGGAACAGAACUGCAAGUCGCGCGCGGAGAUGCCAACAUAAAGUGCACCGACACUGGCAUUCUACCUGACCUGACCAUCAAAGCCCACUGGUUGCACUAUCUGGCCCGGAUGGAAGAAAAAGCUCGACAGUACGAAUCGGCGCUGGAACGACAUAUCCAAGGAAUUCACAGGAUUGCACUUCUUGACAGCACCCAACGCAUAAUCAACCGGGAGCUCCUAGACUUCCGCAGCCGCGCCUUGCUCCUGAACACCGAUUCUCGUGUUGCACCCUUCGCGCUAGGAGCAAUGCCUGCCAUAUUGUUCGGCACUGGCCCAGGGGCCCCGUUUUCCAUUUUUGAGUGGGAGACUUGGACUGCUGCCUAUGAUUCCGACAUGGACGGGCUGGUGCACCGCGCUAUGGCCUGUGGCGACUUGUCUACUGCUCUUGCCGUCCAGGAACAUAGGUUGAUUUACUGGUGCCGGAGACGGGAACUGUUCCCAAGAGGCGAACCGCUAGACCAGGACGUAACGAUGAUGGAACUAUUCCUUUCCAUUCACCGUCUUGUCUGUCAGCGUGCGGGGGACCCUUCGGCGGAUUCAGUCGGCUCAAACGAAUUUCUGUCCGGGCAUCCUCAAUCAAUCCCAUCCCUGGAUAAUCCGUUCGUCCUGGCAAGGGCUAUCAAGCUGGCAGAGAAGGGUGUCGAUUUAUUCAUGUCUGGGACCGACAAUUUUGGCCGCACACUGCUUCACAUGGCCCUCUACCAGUUUCACAAUAUUAACGGCUUAUUCAACACGUUUGGCCAGUCCUGGGGCGGCGACAUUCUUCGAAACUUGGGUCUCGAAGACGCCAACGUCAAAGACAGACUGGGCCGAACUGCUUUGCAUAUUGCAUGCAUCAUUGGCCAGGUCGAGACCGCCUGCUCACUAGUCCGUCACGGUGCCAAUAUGAACGAAACCGAGGAGGGUUCAGCUAGCUUGGAUGCAUUCACACCCCUCCACCUUGCCGCAGCUGCUGGUCAUUUCGAGGUGCUUGCCGCACUCGCGUCCGAGUUUCCUGUGAAGUUUACCACUGCUAAUAGAUCGGUGAUCUCUGCCGCGGAAAAAUACGACCAACUUAAAGUUGUUUUCUGGUUAAACAACUACAAGUCGAUAACAAUAGGAAUGUCGGAAUGAUACAAGACUCAAAAAAAUUUCGAAGGAUAACGAAAGGGGGACCCGGAGAGGACAUUGCGAGCCGUGCUAGUUCUCAUAACAAUGCCAAGCUACCUUUGUACUGUUAUUCAAGUUUUGCUUUAAUAGCAAAGGAAAAGUAUUUGCCUAUAAGAACCUUCGUAAGGCUGAUAAUGAGGCUGCAUGGCCGCCUUUCAAAGUUGGC